AUGUUGACGCGCGGGUCGAUCGACGCCCAGGCGGACGUGAAAAAGACCAUCUCGUACGGGAGCGUGGCCGCGGUGCACUCGCGGGGCUCCGAGCCGCAGAACAGCGCGUACGACCCUUCGGUCGGGGAGCGCCCUUCAUCGCUCGUUUCCUCGCAGACCGGCGUGUUCUACGCGGCUCCCGCCGGCCAGGACGGCCCGAAGAAAGAUGGAUUCUGCCUGUGUCCGGAGCUCAUGUCGGAUUUCGGCAAGUUCGGGCUGCCGCUCGACUCGGACCCCACCAAGGUGGAGGGAGGCAGCGUUGCCAGCGACGGGCGCACGAUCCCGUCCCCCCAGGCCAGCGCCGGCGCAGGUUCCGGCUCCUCGAAUUCCCCCGCGCAAUCGGAGAAGAUGCGGACGAGCGUCGAGGCCUCCUUCACGCCCGACAAAUGUGCGCCGGCCCCGGAAGCACCCACUCCGUACGAGGCCAAGGACGCGGUCGCGACGGCCGCGGGCGGCGACGGGGCCGCGGGCGGCCUCACGCUGGACCACCUGCGCGUGUACUUCCACCUGCCGAUCGAGGAGGCCGCGCAGCACCUCUCCGUCGGCCUGACCGUCCUGAAGAGGAUCUGCCGCACCCUCGGCAUCGCGCGCUGGCCGUUCCGGAAGCUGCAGUCCCUGCAGCAGCUGAUCGACCGCAUCUCGGAGGAGGCGCAAAACUGCCCCCCCUGCCAGGAGCUGGAGCAGGCACUCAAGAUGCUGAAAGACAAGUACGACGAGCUGCUGCAGGACCCCACGCGCGACCUCGAGCCGUCCAUCCGGAAGCUGCGGCAGUGGAAGUACAAGGACGACUACAACACGCGUCGCGCCGCGCGGGCGGAGUCCGCCACGGAGACGGAGUGCGACAGCGAGUUCGAGGUCGACCAGGGCAGCUGGUCGCCGAAGCGGCCCUACUCGCCGUCGGUGGCGUCCUCGCCGCUGCGCAACGAGUCCGGCAAGGUGGUCAAGUUCCACCGCCGCGACCGCCAGAAGAAGCUGCGGGCCAUCGCGCUGGCCGCCACGGAGCAGAACCACGCGCCCGCGCCAGGGAAGGCCUCCCCGCGCUCCGUGCGGCGCAGCGUCUUGCGUAUGGCCUCGGCACCGGGCGACUCGAAGACGAUCGGCUCCGCGGGCUCCCCGACCGUCUCCGCGGGCACGCCGUCGAGGUUCGCCGUCGCGGCGCGCGGCAACGGCGGCCGCCCGCAGCGCAUGUGCCACUCUGCGGUGGAGCCGGCGAUGCCGGUGCUUCCUGUGCCGAAGCUCCCUCGCACGGCCAGCGCGAUCAUGAACGAGACCGCCGACAUGCUCGCGCACGCGGAGAUCGGCGACGGGACGCCGCGGGGCGCCGCGGGCGGGUACAUGCAGCUCGUCGACAACGGUCCUCUUCCGUUGGGCGGCGGGCCCGUCGACCUCGCCGGCGGCUUCGACGCCCAGAUCAUGGCGCUCGACGCUGAGCUCGUGCCCGAGGGCUCCUUCGGCCACAAGAACGGCGAUCUGCCGGACUUCCCCCCUUGCGAUGACGCGUCGAAGCUCCUGCUGCCGAUCCCGCCGCCGUUCGUCGAGUGCGGGGAGCUCGGCGAGCUCGGGAUCGCCGACCGCGACCGCGACGCUGCGCUGCGCCGCUGGGACGUCAUGAUCAGCGACGACGUCCUCCCCCUCUGA